CGCGGCCGCAGCAUCGCGGCGCGGUGGCAGGCAUGGAGCCUUGGAAGCAAUGCGGGCAGUGGCUGAUCAGCUGCAAGGUGCUGCCGCCCAACCAUCGGGUGACCUGGGACACGGCCCAGGUCUUCGACCUGGCGCAGACGCUGCGCGACGGCGUUCUGCUCUGCCAGCUGCUCAACAACCUGCGCAGCCACUCCAUCAACCUUAAGGAGAUCAACCUGCGCCCGCAGAUGUCCCAGUUUCUUUGCUUGAAGAAUAUAAGGACUUUUCUUUCGGCAUGUUGUGAAAUAUUUGGGAUGAAGAAAAGUGAACUUUUUGAAGCAUUUGACUUGUUUGAUGUGAGAGAUUUUGGCAAGGUGAUAGAAACACUUUCAAAGCUUUCUCGCACUCCUAUUGCAUUAAGCACGGGAAUAAGGCCUUUCCCUACAGAAGAAAGUGUUGAUGAUGAAGAUAUCUACAAAGGUCUUCCUGAUUUAAUAGAUGAAACUGGUGUUGAUGAAGAUGAGGAGUUGUAUGAUUGUGUCUAUGGAGAAGAUGAAGGUGGGGAGGUUUAUGAAGACCUAAUGAAAGAUGAAGCAGCACAGCAACCUAAAUAUACAGAAAAUGACAUCAGAAGCUGCUGUCUUGCUGAAAUAAAGCAAACCGAAGAGAAAUACACUGAAACUCUGGAAUCGAUUGAGAAAUUUUUCAUGGUGCCAUUGAAAAGAUUUCUGUCAGCAUCAGAAUUUGAUACUGUUUUCAUCAACAUUCCUGAUUUGGUGAAAAUUCACAGGAAUCUAACACAGGAAAUCAAUGAUUCCAUUGUUAAUAAGAAUGAUCAGAACCUCUAUCAAAUUUUUAUUAACUACAAGGAAAGAUUGGUUAUUUAUGGACAGUACUGCAGUCAAGUGGAGAUUGCGAUAUCAUGCUUAGACAACAUCUCUAAGACAAAAGAAGAUGUUAAAUUGAAGUUAGAGGAAUGUUCCAAGAGGGCAAAUAAUGGGAAGUUUACGUUGCGGGAUCUUUUAGUGGUUCCAAUGCAGAGAGUGCUAAAAUAUCACUUACUGCUCCAGGAGCUGGUAAAGCACACUACUGAUCCCAUGGAGAAGGCAAAUCUUAAACUGGCACUUGAUGCAAUGAAGGACUUGGCUCAAUAUGUAAAUGAAGUGAAGAGAGAUAAUGAAACACUCCGUGAAAUCAGACAGUUUCAACUGUCAAUAGAGAACUUGAAUCAUUCCCUCUUACAGUAUGGAAGACCUCAAGGUGAUGGAGAAAUAAGGAUAACUACGUUAGACAAACGUGCAAGGCAAGACAGGCAUAUCUUCUUGUUUGAUCUAGCUGUGAUUGUUUGCAAACGGAGGGGUGAUAAUUAUGAAAUGAAGGAAAUAAUAGAUCUCCAGAAAUACAAAAUUACAAAUAACCCCACUACUGAUAAAGAAAAUAAGAAGUGGUCCUAUGGCUUCUACCUCAUUCAUAUCCAAGGACAAAAUGGUUUAGAAGUAUACUGCAAAACGAAAGACUUGAAGAAAAAAUGGCUUGAACAAUUUCAGAUGGCUCUGUCAAACAUUCGGCCAGACUAUGCCGACACAAGCUUUCAUGAGUUCAAAAUGCAUACUUUUAGUCGUGUGACGUCUUGCAAAGUCUGUCAGAUGCUUCUGAGGGGAACAUUUUAUCAAGGCUAUUUAUGUUCUAAGUGUGGAGCUGGAGCACACAAAGAAUGUUUAGGAAGAUUAGACAAUUGUGGCAGAGCUAAUUCAGGUGAACACGGGAACCUGAAACAUGAGAAAAGAACAAAUGGAAUCAGAAGAAACUCUAGACAUGUGGACCCAGGUUUACCAAAAAUGCAAGUAAUUCGAAACUACAGUGGAAUACCACAGCCAGCAACACAAGAUGGUCCACCACUGCAUAUCCAGAUUGGGGACACCAUCGAACUGAUUAGAGGAGAUGCACAUAGCUUAUUUUGGCAGGGCAGAAAUCUAACAACAGGAGAGCUUGGAUUCUUCCCAAGUGAUGCAGUAAAGCCUAGCCCAUGUGUUCCUAAGCCAGUAGACUACAGUUCACAACUUUGGUUUGCAGGAGCAAUGGAAAGACUGCAGGCAGAGAGUGAACUUAUUAACAGAGUCAAUAGCACUUACCUGGUGCGACACAGGACCAAAGAAUCAGGAGAAUAUGCCAUUAGUAUUAAGUACAACAAUGAAGUGAAACACAUCAAGAUUUUAACAAGAGAUGGCUUUUUCCACAUUGCAGAAAACAGAAAGUUUAGAAAUUUAAUGGAACUUGUAGAAUACUAUAAACACCACUCUCUCAAAGAAGGCUUUCGAAGUUUGGAUACUACUCUUCAAUUUCCAUACAAAGAACCUGAAAACUCAGUAGGACAAAGGAGUAACAGAACAGGUGGCAACUUGCUAAGCCCGAAGGUGAUAGGCAUUGCCAUAGCCAGGUAUGACUUCUGUGCAAGAGACAUGAGAGAGCUGUCCUUACUGAAAGGGGAUGUUGUCAAAAUUUACACCAAGAUGAAUGUGAAUGGCUGGUGGAGAGGUGAAGUAAAUGGAAGGGUGGGCUGGUUUCCAUCAACUUACGUUGAAGAGGAUGAAUGAAUUAAAAGCUUUCGUCUGCUGACCAGCAGUUUCAGGGAUUGUAAAAAUUUAGUAUCUUCAAGGUGUUAUUGGUCUUGUUAAGUAUUUAAACAGCAUUUUUGUCUGUCUGAACCUUUCAGUCUUAGUGUUGGGAUUUAUACAGAAGUUUUUGCUGACUUUGCCCAGAGCUGUGCAAGAAACAACCUGCUGGUUUGCCAUCGCUGGGGAUCAGUACAAAGUCCAACCCUCACCUUCCCAGAUCAUCUCUGGAAAACAAAUUUCUUUAUGCUCCUUUUCAUUUCACCAUAAAUAUUAGCUGUGGCUGAAUAUUUAAUAAGUCUUGUUUUUUCAUGUAGCUAACAUCUGUGAUGGUACAAGGAGAUGAAGGCUUAUUAUUUCUUAUCACUGCAUGCAGAAAACAGAGUUCAAUCAUUCCAGUGGGCAUAAAAUAUAGUCAGUAGACUUGUCUUAAAACAUCAAACUACUUUACUUAUCACCUUACAAACAGUUUUACAGUCAGAAAAACAUUCUGAAGGAAAUAUGUAGUAAACAUGAGUAACAUUCAUGCAUAUAUAAUUAGUUAACUGACUACUUUGGGAUCCUGCCUGAAUCUUUUAACAGUUUCUUUAAAGACAGCAUUUUAAAAAGAUGUAGUGAUGUGGUAUUGCUUACAAAAGUGUCCACAAAGUGGAAUUGUGGGAUCCUUCCUCUGUCAUCCCAAGUCUUUUUGUGUGGAACUUCUUCAUUUAAAUAGCUGACCCCUAAAAAUGCAACUGAGGAUAGUCACAACAUAAGUUUUAAAAUGUUCAGCAUUAAUAUUUGUAGACCUAUUCUGUAGGAGAGUAUACUAAUGUAAGAUGUUGUCAGUGCUCAAGAAAAAGCCUCUUCAUCUGAAUCAACCAAGAGGUUAAGAUAAACUUCAAUGCUUCCAACUCUAUAAACUCUGAACUGUCUUUUUCUAGUUAGACUGGAGUUUCUAUCACCUUUUGUGCUCUUAAAAGGUAAUGCAAAGAGCAUUGACAGACUUUGUGCCUUUUUCUGUCUCAUUCCCUGGGAUGUUAAUGGCACUUGCAUGGUCUUGUUGCACAUUAUGAAUGUCUCCAAGGAAAGGUUGUCUAGGUUAGCUGGCUUGAAACAUCAGGCCUUGUAAUGUGAUGUCCACCCCUUGGUGAGGUGGUGUUUGAAUAUAGUUAUGGAGGGUUAGAAUCGCUGUAGUUGUAAGGUAAAAUAAAUGUAGGUGGUUUCUUCAGAGAUGCAGUUUCAAAUGUUCAGGUAAUGUCUAACCUGGCUUGAAAACUUCUAAGAAAAUAAAGCUCUUAAGUGUAGGGUAACAUUGUCCAAUCCAGAAAGUUAAUUCAUCCUGUCCUGUGUGCUCUUUUGAUUUCUCCCUGUCCUUUUUUCACAUAGGCGUCUUGUAGUUAGUGUGCAUAGACACUGCACGAUUCAACACUGCGCUGUUUGUCCACAGAGUACAAUCUGCUAGUACAGAUUUCAGAUUUGUUUUAGCUGUCCCCGGUAUUCUUUGCGUUUUUCUCUACUUCUGGCCAUCAGGAAGAACCAAGCACAGCACAGAGGAUUUGCAAUAACCCCCUUAGUCUCUGCAACCACCUUACCCAUCUGCUACACCUAGCAUGCACUGCUGUGUGACCAGGUGAGAGGGAGGAUCUGCUAAUCAGAAAUCUUCCACUUGCAAGAUUCAGCCUUGUGGAUGAAACUCUGAUGCUCUAACUUUUCAAGAAUUUACCUCAAAAUUACUUAAACUGUGAUUGUGUUGAGUACAUUACUUGAUGGAACCAUUGAGAGCAUUUGUAAAUAUGUAGAUGAUGCAUAGAACGUACCUUGUAAAUUAUGUGUACAGCAGUGUAGACUAGAGUAUACUGUCAUUGGUCAUGUUUUGUCAUGCAGUUUUACUGUCUAUUGUGAGCUUGAUCCUGCAUUCCUUAAGUAGACAAAGUUGAUUCUUUGACAGUUUUGCCUGCUCAAGGAGUAGAGGAAUAGGCUCUAGGCCUGUGAAGUGUUUAGUGCUUUGCUGUCAUGUGGUGCUGAGAAGAGGCAGUUUAAUUCGAUAUGAGUUGAAAAACACAUCAGGCAUUUUCAAAAGCUUGAUUUUAGAAUCAUUUUGAGCAGUCUCUCCAUCCUAAAGUUGCUGUAAAGCUUUUAAGCAAUUCCUGAGUAAUCAACCUUUGAGAAGAAUGAAAGCCAUAGCUCAACUUACUUUAGUGGCAUAAAUCUACAUAUCAUUAUCUGUGUUUAAUGCCCUGCAUUGAUUGAAUUAAUGCUGCAUCUUAAACUGUGUUUUGAAUACCAAAGACUUCCUAAAUAUUCUGGAGUGUCUCUUUUAUGUGCUGCUUUUGCCUGUAUGGAGUUUUUUUUGUCAUGUGAUAUGAGUGUAUGGAGUUACAGUACUUUAAUUUGUACUAUUUUGUAAAUAUGUGAAAUAUAAUAAA